AUGAGUUCCUACUUUGUAAAUCCUCUCUUUUCCAAGUACAAAGGCGGUGAAUCGCUGGAGCCAACUUACUACGACUGCAGAUUUCCACAAAGUGUUAGCAGGAGCCAUGCUCUGGUCUAUGGUCCGGGCACUACAGCUCCCACCUUCCAGCACCCUUCACACCACGUCCAAGAGUUUUUCCACCACGGAACCUCCAGCAUCUCCAACUCUGGAUACCAGCAAAACCCAUGCGCCUUGGCGUGUCACGGAGACGCUUCUAAAUUCUAUGGAUAUGAAGCUCUACCGAGGCAAUCGCUUUAUGGUGCUCAGCAAGAGACGACUGUUGUACAAUAUCCUGACUGUAAAUCGUCUUCCAACAGUAACUCUAGCGAGGGACAAGGGCAUUUAAAUCAAAAUUCGUCUCCCAGUCUCAUGUUCCCAUGGAUGAGACCUCACGCUCCCGGAAGACGCAGUGGCAGACAAACUUACAGCCGGUACCAGACCCUGGAGUUAGAAAAGGAGUUCCUCUUCAACCCGUAUUUGACACGGAAGCGGCGGAUUGAGGUCUCUCACGCCCUGGGACUGACCGAGAGACAAGUGAAGAUCUGGUUCCAGAACAGGAGGAUGAAGUGGAAAAAAGAAAACAACAAAGAUAAGCUGCCGGGGGCCAGGGACGAGGAGAAAACGGAAGAAGAAGGGAACGAAGAAGAGGAAAAAGAAGAGGAGGAAAAAGAAGAAAGCAAGGACUGAGUUCUCAGCCCCUUGAAGUCUCGUUUUAUGGCAGAUGAUAAAUCGAGAUGUUUACGACGGUCAUUUGCUUUUAUAGAGUAUAGAAUGGAGAGGCUCA